UCUACUAACGGUACAAGUAUCCUGUACGGAAAAUGAUGAUGGAGUUGAAGAGGAGGAAGAAGAAGGUGAUCCUUCUGCAAACAGGGUCGAAGAGUUGAUGCGUGAUUUACAAGGUGCAAAAGACCAAGUUGAAGGUGAAUUAAUGCAAGAUGAAGAAGGAAAUUUAUACGAACUCGAUGAAUUGAAUGAAUAUGAUGAUAUAUUUGGUGACAAUGACAGCGAAUUUACUGAAGAAGAAGUUGAAUAA